AUCGAGUGUUCUUAACAGCCUGAAUCGAUCACAGACGGAUUUUUAUCGUGAUAAAAACGAGCCAAUUCUAAAUCUGCGAUAGAUGAAAGUAUUUGGCGUGAGAAUGCGCCUUAGAAUGCACAUAAUCGACAACGGCCAGUGACGUUUACAGUCGUACACGUGCGCAGAAGUUAAUUAAUGGAUUAAACGUGACAAAAAGGUGGAAGACCAAACGUUGUGAUGUCUUGCGACGGGAAUCUAAUUUUUGACGCGUAAAGAUGAAGAGAUCGAAACGCGUCACGGCGUUCGGCUGUAUCUAACGAGAGUCUGAACAAGAGAAUCAAUAAAUGUGAGUUAAGGUUUUAGAAGAGUAUCCGGAUCGUAAACGAUAAGAAAAUGAGUACUGAGGAACAUAAGGGUUGUGAGAACGAGGAUAUUGAGAAUUCGGAUGAAAGUGACAGACCAUCCGGGGAAAGAUGGGCGCCAGUUGGAGCGAAUGAUGGUGACAAUGAUUUCGCCGACGAAUAUAAAUAUGUUGAUAACAUGGAGAAUUUGUCACACGACAUGGAGAGGCUAAAAAUGCUUGAGGAGGAACAGGAGAUGCUUAAUUCAUCCCUUAUAGCAUUAACCACUCAUUUUGCUCAGGUUCAGUUUCGCUUACGUCAGAUCGUGGAUGCACCUACGAAUGAAAAAGAAACAUUGCUCAAAGAAUUAGAAGAGUUCGCUUUCAGAGGGAUACCUGAUGUUCCAAAUGAUUUAUCAUUUGAUAGUAGAUCAAUUACUCCAACUUCUCCAAUGUCCUGCAAGCAAAGUAUAUCCGGGGUAAUUAACGAUGUUGACGUUGAAUCUAAAAUGGCGCUACAAAGAACAAAACAGAAAGAAUUGAUAUGUCAGUUAAAGUCUCAGUUAGAGGAUCUAGAGAAAUAUGCUUAUGAAACUGGUAACGCGGAUUUACCACAGAGCAUGAUAUUAGAACGGCAGAGUAUCAUAAUCAAUCAUUUAAAAGAAAAGUUAAAUUUUAAUGUUGAUGACCUAUGUAAAUUACCAGUUGAUGAUUUAAGAUGGCAAGUAGAUUAUGCUAUAAGUCAGAUUGUUAGUCCUUUGAAAAUGAAAGAACAACUAGUGACUCAAUUAAAAACGCAAAUUGCAGAUUUAGAGCGCUUUAUAAAUUACCUUCAGGGGGAAGUUAGUACAGAAACUUUGGCGUGUACUUGCGCGUGUCCCGUCCACACUAGUGGUUCUGCUUCGUCAACUUCGUACGCUAAGAAAGCAUUUAAUAGGAAACCAAUAGAGGAGGAAAGUACAACUAGAACUCUUAACACCGUUAAGAAGGUCGUGGCUCUUUUGCAUAUGUUCCUAGUGUCUCAGUUAGGAUGCGGUAGUGAACGGGUGCGAAGAAACUUUAAGAAAAAUUCUCUACAUAAUUGGCGCGAUUUAAGAACAAGAUUAGAUAUUGCGGUUGAGCACGUCCUAGAGACUAUCGCAGACAGUGAGCGUCAUCCAGAAGACGAUGAUGAUAACGACAAUGAUUAUGCUUCGGAUUCAGAUUCCACGUCGCAUUGUAAUGCUAGAGUAACAUCUGCUGUAAGGAAGCACCUAGCAACCUCCAUACGUGAUUUAAUGCAACAUGGUUUAAUGUCUGAUGUGCGUUCUAAUAGCGUAGUGCCGUUUGUGGGUUGUUUUCCCCAAAGAAACUCUUCUACUACUAAUUUAAUGCAUGCAUGGGAGCUAAUACUGAAGUAUUACGAAAUUAAAAAUGGCCAUCGUUACAAUUCUAGUCCAGCACAGAAAUUAUCCCAAAGUUUUAAUUUAGAUCUUGCAUGUGGAAGAGUUAUAUCCUCCAAACAGAGCUUAUUAACGACUAUUGGGAAUAUUAUUGCCUCGCAUAGUCCAUAUAAAAGAAGUUAUGAUUCCCAUUUUAAAGCAUUUAUAUGUGCAUCCCUGAACACUAAUAAGCUUGUUGCUUGGUUGAAACUUAUCUUACAAUGUCAGUAUCUUCUCGAAAAUCAUUAUACAUCAUGGAGUUACGUUGUAAAAACAGGUUUUCAAGAUGCAUUUCACACUCUCGAUCGUCUUACCAACUACAAAUUUGAUUUACCAGUCGACCUGGCAGUAAGACAAUUCCAAAAUAUAAAAGAUGCAUUUUGAUCGCAAAGCCAAUCAACGUUCACACUUAAGCGGGCAUGUAGGUAGACACUUAGCGAGCAAAGUACUCAA